AUGCUUCAAUUUCUAACAGAGACAGUUAAUCCAAUUAAACAACCUGUGCCAAUCAUUGCCAAGGCUGGGAUAGGGGAUAGUAAUCCAGCUUCCUACCUAGGCUACAGUGUAUUUGUGGACCAGAGCAAAAUCCCCAAACUGAAUGAUCAUCAGGACUCUCAUGAGCAGUUCCUUGGCAAGUCUAGGAAAGAGCUAAAGAAACUAGCAAGGGAAGGAUGUUGGGCUGGGAGCCAUACCCUGAGAGCAAAGGCUUACCAGCACAUUAUCCAAGAUAUACCAUGCCGGCUAAUGACUGCUGAUGCCUUCGUCUACCAAGAUGUUGCCAGCAAGUUAUUUGGAAACCAGAGUGAAAGUUUGGAUCCCUUGCCUGAAUUCCUGGAAGGAAGCAUCAUGCCUGAAUACUGCCUCACUCCAGAAGGGAUAACGGCUUUGAAGAAAAUACUUAUCUGCAUUUUCAAUCUGUACCCUGAGAUUACUUACUGUCCUUUGCUCCCAGCUGUGACUGCUCUGCUGCUCCAUUACAGCCAAGACGAGGCCCACUGCUUUGAGUUGACUUGCCGACUCCUCUACUCCAAGGCUCCCCACACCACCUACAUAGACCAGUCCUUCCUAGUUCAUGAGGCCUCCUGUAUGACCUUUGGGGACUUAGCCAAUAAGCACUGCCCAGCUGCCCAUCAGCUGAUAGCAAGUUCAUCAGACAUCUUGGAGGUGUACUCUGAGUGGCUGGUGUGGCUCUUUGACGAUCUUCCCUUUAAUUAUGUCAUUCGCAUCUUUGAUGUGUAUCUCUUGGAGGGGCAAAAGGUCCUUUACCGCAUUGCUCUGGCACUGCUGAAGCAAUACCGGCUCUUUAUGACUUCAAGAGGACAAGAGGUGGUUGACAUCAAGGAAAGCUUGCAGGCUUUCCUGUGGGACAUUCAUGAAUACUUGGCAGCUGAAAAGCUUUUAGAGAAAGCAUUUGGCAUCCGACUUUUCUCCCGCAAAGAAAUCUGGCUUCUUCAGAUGGCUAACAGGAAGGCUCUGGUGGAUAAAGGAGUAACAAGGGUGCAGCACAGACAACCAUUCCACCUCAUUGUGAAUGCACAUAAUUUUAGUUCCACCAUUGUUAAGGCUCAAGAAAUGCGCAUUGUGUGGUCCUGGAUCCCAGAACGAUUUUCUUUAUACCCACCUCUUCUUUUAUUCUCAACUUCUGAAAAUGGAUACAGUUUACGAAGGUUUUAUUCCUGCUGUGAAGGCUAUGAGCCAACUUUACUGUUGUUAAAAAACACACUGGGAGAAGUAUGUGGAGCAUUUCUUUCCUCUGACUGGAAUGAAAGGAAAAAACGGGGAGGAACAGCAAGCUUCUUUGGCACAGGAGAAUGCUUUAUUUUUACAGUGCAUCCUAAAAUGGAGCGAUAUGAAUGGGUCUUCAUCAAGAAGCCAGAACAAGCUAAAGCUCUACCUUGUUCCCAACGCCAGCGUUCUCCAUCUCCCUUUUCUUUGGAGAGUCACAAAACAACCAGCUCAAAUCACCUCACUGUACCAAAACUAGAAACAAUUAAAUACCGUCUCUCUCCCUUCCUGGCAAUUAGACACUUCAGGUUGCCCUCCAAAACAGCUUCCAUGUUUAUGUCUGGAAGCCAGGAAGAAAUCAUCAUAGGGGGAGGUGGAGGCCAGGCUCUAUAUAUUGAUGCCAAUCUGAAUCAUGGAAGAACAGAACGCUGUGAAACAUUUGACAACCCUCCUCUCUGCCAGCAAAACUUCCAGAUCCAGCUACUAGAAGUUUGGGGAUUUCAAAACUCUUGA